UUUGUUUUUUGUUUUUUGAGCCAGCUCUAGGUUUGCUUCUGCUUGGUUUGAAAAACAGAAAACUUGGGAGGGAAGGAGAUGGAAAUGGCGGCUCGGCGCGUGAGGGCUUUCAAGCGCUGGAUGAAGCGGGAAGGCAUCCAAUGCAGCGACGCCCUCGAGCUGACCGUCUCCGCCACCCAAGGCCUCUCCAUCACUGCCCUCGCCGACCUCCACGUCGGCGACGCCGUCGCCAGAAUCCCCAAGGCCACGUGCCUCACCGUCAUCACCACCGCCGCGCGCGACAUGAUCGACGCGGCCGGCCUCGACGGCAGCCUGGGCCUCGCGGUGGCGAUCAUGCACGAGAGGAGCCUGGGGGAGCAGUCCCACUGGGCCCCGUACCUGGCGGCGUUGCCGGAGCAGGAGGCCAUCCCGUUGGUCUGGACGGCGGAGGAGGCGGAGGUGCUGCUGAGAGGGACGGAGCUGCACGAGACGGUGAAGGAAGACAGAGGAGUGAUGCUGGAGGACUGGAAAGACAGCAUUGAGCCAUUGCAGGAUCAAAUUGGGUCGACCCAAUUUGAGAGCUUUUUCGGGUUUGAGGAGUACUUGGCAGCAAGAACGCUGAUUGCUUCUAGGUCUUUUCAGAUUGAUGAUCACCACCACGGAGUCGGAAUGGUUCCUUUGGCUGACAUCUUUAAUCACAAAACUGCAGCUGAGGAUGUGCACUUGAACACCUCUGCUUCUACUGAAGGCAGUGAAUCCGACACUGAUAGUGGUAGCGAAGAAGGCAAUGAAUCUACUACUAGUACAACUUCCAGUCUUAGUCCUACUACUGGUGCUAGUACUACUGAUGAUGUAGCUUCUAGUGCUACUGACGAUGGUGACGAUGAUGAUUUGGAGAUGGUUAUGGUCAAAGAUGUCAAACUUGGAGCUGAGGUCUUCAAUACAUAUGGCUUAUUGGGCAAUGCUGCACUUCUUCAUAGAUAUGGGUUUACAGAGCCUGAUAAUCCAUUUGACAUUGUGAAUAUCGACUUGGAACUUGUACUUCAGUGGAGUGCGUCUUUGUUUUCUGGCCAGCAUCGUAGAGCGAGGCUAUCUUUGUGGAGAAGAUUAGGAUACUCCGGAUGUGCCACCCACAACUCGGAAUAUUUUGAGAUUUCGUUUAAUGGGGAACCCCCAAAUGAGCUGCUGCUUUUGUUGUACAUAAUGUUGUUACAACAGGAUGCAUAUGAUAAGAUUGAUCUGGCUCUAGCAACCAUGGGAAAUUCCAAUGGGCAUAUGGACGGCAUUUUAUCAGAUAAAACUGAAAAAUUGUCCGACAUAACUGCUGAGUUCAGUGAAGCCGUGUUGUUGACAAAUACUAUUUGUAAUGCUCUCUUGUCCCUUGCAGAUAUGCGGGAGAGCUUGUAUGGUAAAAAUUCAUUAGAAGACGACAUUCAAGCACUGAAGAGGUGUUGUAGUAUAAAAGAGAAAAAGUUGUACCAUUCGUUGAUGCUUCGUAUCAGUGAGAGGAGAAUCAUUCAGAAAUUCAGAACAUUUGCCACUUCCGGUUCCCAAGUUACAACUGGUGAACAAGCCUCUCCGAGAAAGAAGUUGAAACGAAAAUGAAAGACAGGACACUUAUUGGAGUAUUAUCCAUGUCAUUUCUUCUUUGCACUGCCUGUUUUAGGCAUUUUCUUGGUGCAAUUUCCUCUCCAAGUCAAAGUGAGGAAUACACAAUGCUGCUGUGCUGCUAUUAAAGUGACAUUUUGGUAACACUAUUAUGAAGCAAAUAGUGGAAUGUUGGCAUUGUGUGCU